GCUAGACACACCUCAGAAACACCCAGGUGAAGCAGGGCAGCCAUUAAAACACAGCGUGAGAGUAGGGACAGCAUUCCAGCUAUAAAUCCCCUGAAGAAGAAGGAAAAGUGAGAUAGGAUUCGGAUUGAGCAAGACAAGGGCGUGGCAGCCACAGAGACUGCGAGAGAUAAGAGCUGAUAAUCAGACAGCAAGCAGGACCGACAGCAGCACAGAGGCACACAUACUGCCCCUGUUACUCCACACACGCGUGUGCGGGAGUGUAGAAAAAAAAGGAAGAAAAAGGGGGCAAAUCAGCUUGAUUGUGACCCGCUGCCAGAACAGGAGACGGACGCAGAAGACGGAAUAGAGAUAUUGUGUUUCAGAGAGAAAUGAAGGACAAAGUGCAGCCAGCAGAAGACAGUAUUGCAAAACUAGCCAAUGGCAGCAAACUUCCUGGCAAUGCCAUGGGGCUCAAGUUGGCAGGAGAGGAAGAAGACGUGUCAUUUCCUGUGAAGAUUCAAGGAGCAGGAGUUGAACCUUUUGAGCUUCAGGUCCACAGGUUCUGGCUGGUCCAGGAUGCAGUUAUGGCUGUACUGGGAAGGGAGGAGGUGGCCCCCCGCACCUCGCUGUCCCUCUCUUUGUCAGGAACCAUACUGGACCCAAUCUGUGAACUCCAGACCAUUAAGGGUCUCAAGCCUGGGGCCACCCUAAGGCUGGUGGAAGAUUCCUACACUCCUAGAACGAUCCGAGUCCACCUAGCCCACCUACAAGAUUUCCUCAGGGCGCCAAGCCCACAAGAUGCCCUGAGAGAGGGUCGUUCCCCAAGUCUGCUCAACACCCUCUCUCCAGCACACAACACAGAGAAUACUCCGGGAGGUCAGAGUGGGAGGGGUGCAAGGCGCCUUCCCAGUGACUCAAAACCAGAACAGCAGACCAUGGAGGGGCCUCCACCUGACUACAUCCUUCCUGGCUCCAAAGAGCGCCCCCUGGUGCCACUGCUGCCUAACAAUACACACUCUGAGGUCCCAAACUGCCUCAUAGACCUGUCCCUCAGUUGUUGGAACCCGCCUCCAGGAACCCGUAAACUACAAGGAGACUUUUUGUACAUAACCGUAUGCACCUUAGAGGGCCGCUGGUGUGACAUCACUUCCUGUCCCAAGGGAUUUUUCCUCAACAGGUCUACUCUAGAUGUGUUUGACCCGCGGCCGGCCUCAUCGUCACCACCUACUCACUGUCUGUCAGAUCUGCUGUCUCAGAUCAGCUCCGGAUUCAAAAAAGCCUUCACAGCCCUCAGGAACCGCUCCCAGCCACCCCCCCUGGAGAACAUGCCCACUCCCUACCGCACACUUAGCUGGCUGGGUCCUCCCUCCGCUGUGCGCUGUCACCGUAAUUCGUUUACUCGUUCGGGCUUGGAAGAGCAGGGGGUAGCACAGGCUCCAGACUGGAAUGAAGAGCUUCAGACAGCCAGGGAUCUUCCUCAGGGCAGUCUGGAGGAGCGUCUUCACCGAGACAGAGUCUUACUGCAGGUGAACAGUGCCUUCGUGUGGGCGGCUGCUCAGGCAGUGGAGGCUGUGGUUGAUGGCUGUGUGACACCAAUCAAUGGCGGAGUGGAGGAGGACCCGGCUUUCCUGUGCGGUGGCCUCUUCGUGAGCCGUGGCGGUGCCAGCGAGGGGGGUGAACGUGCCAACAGGGCAGCACAGAGGCUGGAGCUGCAGGGGGUGCAGGAGUACAGCAACCUGCUGGGCCACCUGCUGGGUCUGCACACACUACCCAGCGCUGUGGUGGACUACAGGGGUUCCCGCCUGCUGGUGCAGGGGCUGGCCCCAGGUCUGGAUAGCAUGGGAGGGGAGGCCAGGGGGCUUCUGUAUGGCGUCUCAGCUGCCGUUAGUGAGGGACCUCAACGCCGCAAGCUGCUAGAGCUGCUGGCCCACGCUGCCAAGACCCUGAACAUCCAGAAGCAUGUGGUGCUCAGUCCCAGCGGCCAGCAGGUUCCCCUAUUCAGCUCCAUCCACACGCAGGGCCUACUGGGCGCCGAUGGCAGGUUAUACCUGCUCAAUCUCUUCCACGUCCACCCUGCCGACGCCAACUACCAUGUGGGGGAGAAUGAGGAGCAGGCUGUGCAGGAGGAGGCGCAGGCUGACUGGCUGGAGUACUGCUCCUCCAGGGGCUUCCCUCGCUGCUUCCCACACAAGUUCUGCCUCCUGCGGCCAGAGCUCAUCCAGGCCUUCAUCCAGCACAAGCAGUCCCAGUUCACUCAGCGUGUGAAGGAAAGAAUGGAGGAGUCCGGGGGGAUUGCAGAAUGCACAAAGACUGGAGAUCCACGUGGGACAGAGGCAAUCAGAGGGGCCUGUAAGGAUGUGGGUUCAGUCAGUAACAUCAUCUUUGAGAUGCGCUUCAACCCUGAUGUAUUUUGCCCAGGUGUGCAGUUUCCAAGCUCAGAGAGCAGCAGUGUUCAGCUUCAGGAGACGCUCCUUAAAGAAGCAGCCAGCUUCCUCAUCACCAAUCAGAUUCCUGCCUUUCUGGACGACUGCCUGCAGUUCAGGGUGAACCCAGUGGAUGGUGCCACACUGUGUAAGGCCAUGCAUCAGAAAGGCAUUAACCUUCGGUACUUGGGCGAGCUGGCCAUAGCUAUCAGCCAGUCAGAACACCGAGAGAGGCUGCAGCAUGUUACUAGACUCGUGUUUGGCGAGAUAGUAAUUCGUUCAGCCAAGCGCAUUUUCAGCUCCUAUGUACAGAAUGUGGAGGUAUCCAGCCUGUCAGCGGCGGUCAGUCACUUCCUCUGUUGCCUGCUGGUGCCCCACUUGAACUCCAUUUCUGCGGCAGAGGAGUCAAAAAAGCGGUCAAAGAAGCGUGGCCGAGGGGGUGGGGCAACAUCUGACACAAUGGCAUGGAGCACGUUCAGUGGCACAGAGCUGUGGGGACUUUUAAAUCAGGAUGCAAGAGACACCUACCAUCUUACAGAAGGUUUAGGGACCAGUGCUGACUAUCUAAUGGAGCAAUAUGGACUGCAGAAAUUUUCGCUGCUUAGAGGACUCUGUUUGAAGACAGGAGUACAGCUGCGUCUCAGAGACUAUACACUGGAUAACUGCAUCAAGGCCCCCAUUAGCCCAGAUGAUAUCAUCAACAUGUUCCCUGUCGUUAAGCAUGUAACUAUGACGACCAGCGAUGCCACGCAGGCAUUCAAUUCGGCUCAGAAGAGCAUUGAAAAGGGACAGCUGGACCGGGCCUAUGAGCAGUUGAAGGAGGCGACAUACCUGUUCGGCCGCGUGUGUGACGACCUGCACCCGGAGGCGAGCAUGUGCCUCAGCACACUGGCCCAGGUGGCAUACUUGCAGGGCAACCGUACAGAGGCCCGCAGCGUACAGAUGAAAGCCGUAGUGUUGAGUGAGAGGGUCCUUGGAUUCGAUCAUCCCAGUACUAUACAGGAAUACGCCCUGCUGGCCAUGUACGUGUUUGCGGGGCAAGAGCUGGGCCUGGCACAGCGCUGCCUGUACCGCGCACGCCUGCUGAUGCUGCUGGUACAUGGGGAGGAGCACCCCUACAUGGCUACACUGGAUAGUUCUCUAGGUCUGGUGCUGCAGGGAGAGCAGUCAGUACGGUAUCUCCAGAGUGCGCUCAGACUCAACACCAUGUUCAGAGGCCUGGACGACCUGCACACUGCUCUAAACCAGCAUCUGCUCGCCCAAAGGCUCUGCUGCAUUGGAGAUUACCGGAAGGCCAUUAGCCACGAGAAGCAAGCACUAGCUGUGUUCCAGGCAAAGUUUGGAGACAACCAUGUGCAGACCAAGUGUAGCACGGAGUUUCUGAAGGCCGUUACCCAGCAGGCUGUGCGUGUGGAGCGCUCCCUGCGACAGGGUGGCAGUGAUCUGAUGGACACAGUGCCCCCUCCUGAAAGUUUGAUUCCCUCGAAAGAGACAACGCUGGAGCAGCUGGCCAUUGUCAACGGCAUCCUGAAAGUAUCAGUCAGUGAUAAGAUCCAAGAAAUUAAAGAGAAACUCAGGGAGCUCAGAGCAACUGCUGAUACUAACAGUGAGAAAGCAGAACCCAGCAAUGAUGAGGAGGCAGGAAGCAGCCCAGCUGAUGAGGCGGCAGGAAGCAGCCCAGCUGAUGAGGCGGAGGCUGCUGAGAAUGUCACAGUCUGUGACGUGAGUGCCAGUAGUGUCCCUGAAGAGAACACACAACAAAGCAACCAUCUCAGCGAGAAGCUAGAACAUGCUGAGGAAGAGGCACAAGAAGCUACUGACCAUCAUAAAGCUGGGGAGACAGCUACUAUGGGAAAGAGUGACAAACCAGGAACCAACGCUGUCAAUGGGGAGGGUUUAGAAAUAACUGAUCAAUCAGGAACAGCACCAUGCAAUGGGGAAGGGAGCCUUGGAGCCGGUGAUGACAAGUUGGAACUAGCAGAGCCUGACACAAAAAGACAGACCAGCAUAAUGACAGAAGACUCCUGAAACUUUAGUUUAAUGCUUCAUUGUGGAGAAGGCAAAGUCAGCACAUAAGGAGAAAAAAGGAGAAAAGCAGUCUUACAUGAACAACAGAUUAUAAUAAUGUAUGUAGAACCAGUAUGGAACAGAGAAUGCCAGCAACUGACAACCAUGAAAUGAGGAGGUCCUAGAAGUCAACAGUGAGUCUGGAAGAAGGGCCCAGGAAAAAAAAUCACCAUAGGCAGCUCAAGGAUCAUGUUGUCUAGCUCUAUAAAGACCUGAGAGACAGGGGAAUCUUAAAUUCCAGUGAGUAAAGUUAUGCUUGCAAGUUCAGUUUAAAAAACUGGGAGUUGAGUGUAUUCAUUUUAUUGUGAAAAAUAUGCAAUAAAAUUACUGGAAAUUUAAUAGA